CGAACAGUUGAAAUUUCUUUGAAAUCCAGACAGAGAGAAGCUUGCAUAACAACCCAACUUCUCAGUCCAAAAGACUCCAAAUUUUUCUUCAACUUCCUUCCCUUCCCUGUAUUAUAGCAAUUCUUUAUAGGACCUCUCACUCUAAGCGCCAUAUUUUAUUGCGCAUCAGAAUUUCUUAGUACCCAAAUAAUUUCUUUCUGCUUCUGUUGGAUUCUUUGCUUUCAGCUUAAAAUCAGUCGGAAAAACACUUUUCUUCAGUUUUGGAAUUGCUUUUGAACUUCAAAGGCGGUUUAAACUUUCGCCCACCAAAUGGUCUACGCUUUGACUUGCUGGUAGUGGCGGUUCCUGUCUUUUGGUAAAAAAAUACAGUUAGCAUUCGAGCUGUCCAUGAUCUGCAUGUGGAACAGCUAAAUUUCGAUAAUUUCGACUUUUGGGCUUUGUUCCUGAAGCGGUUUGAACUUGUGGGUUGUAUUUUUUUCUUUUGCUUUUUUUCUAGCGAUUCUCUGUCUUGUGUUGUGAGGUUCUGGAUAUUGGAAGUGUUUUUGAAGGGUUUGAGGUUUUUUGUUUUAGUGGGGUUUUGUUUUUGUUUAUGUUUCUUCACAUCCUGAAAUUCGAUUUUUGGUACAGUUAAUAAUUCGAUACUGGGAACUGAGUUGUAAGUUAUUGGAGUUGGGGUUAGUUGGUGGUUUCAGUUCAUGGUUUGUGUUCAGGAUUGUAGAUACGAGGAGCCGAAAUUAAGGUUGUCGGAGUUGGGGUUUGGUCGGUUUCUGUUGCGCAUCCCCGUGCACUAGGCAAAAUGGGAAGCAAUGGGGUUGACCAUCCAUUGAAACAUUUGGAAGAGGAAGGCGGUAGCAGCCAAGGACAGAGUUGUUUUCAGCAGGAGAGGAAUCAGAAGACAAAUUCUUCACGGCCUUCUCCGGUUUUAGAGAUUUUUCAGGCAAAAGAGUUCAAUGUUGGUUCUUCACCUCGGAGAGGUAUGCUGAUUGAGGAUUAUGAGAUUAGAUUCCCUAGAUCCAGGAUGGAGAGGAAGGGAAGGCAUGACUUAAAGCUGGAUAGACUGUCAGAGCGUGAAAAGAGAAAACUGAUUGUUGAGAUGGUCAAGAUACAAAACGAUGGAACAGUAGAAGUUGAUUUGGGAAAAAGUGCACCUGUUGCCUCUGAGUUCUUAGAGCUCCAGACUGUCGAAGAUGUGCCCAUCAAUCUUGAUGACACGCCUUCCAAUACCAUCAAGUCAAUUCCAAGGUUGAAAAUUUGCAUACUUGUGGUUGGAACAAGAGGAGAUGUACAGCCUUUCCUGGCUAUGGCAAAGAGAUUUCAGGAGUUUGGCCAUCAUGUUAGGUUGGCAACUCAUGUGAACUUCAGCUCUUUUGUGAAGUCGGCUGGUGUAGACUUUUAUCCAUUGGGUGGUGAUCCUCGUGUUUUGGCAGGAUAUAUGGCCAGAAAUAAAGGUCUCAUUCCAUCCGGCCGAGCAGAAAUAUUGAUACAAAGAAAGCAACUGAAGGCAAUUAUUGAAUCUCUUCUUCCAGCAUGCACAGAACCAGAUAUAGAAACUGGUGUGCCCUUUAAGGCACAGGCAAUUGUUGCAAACCCUCCUGCUUAUGGACAUGCUCAUGUUGCAGAAGCUCUUGGAGUACCCCUUCAUAUUUUCUUCACAAUGCCAUGGACGCCUACUUAUGAAUUUCCUCACCCACUGGCACGUGUACCUCAAAGUGCUGGUUAUUGGAUUUCAUACAUUAUUGUGGAUUUACUGAUAUGGUGGGGUAUUCGGGGAUAUAUAAAUGACUUCAGAAAAAAGAAGUUGAAGCUUUCUCCUAUUGCAUACUUCAGCACAUACCAUGGAUCAAUAUCUCAUUUGCCUACAGGCUAUAUGUGGAGUCCUCACGUUGUGCCAAAGCCAAGUGAUUGGGGAUCUCUUGUGGAUGUCGUUGGUUAUUGUUUCUUAAACCUUGGGUCGAAGUAUCAACCUCAAGAUGAGUUUGUUGAAUGGAUUCAGAAAGGGCCCAAACCUAUAUAUAUUGGCUUUGGAAGCAUGCCGCUCGAUGAUCCCAAGAAAACUACGAAUAUUAUAUUGGAGGCGUUGAAAGAUACAGGACAGAGAGGAAUAAUUGAUAGAGGUUGGGGAGACCUGGGUAAUGUUACAGAAGCAUCCAAUAAUGUUUUCCUCUUGGAGGACAGCCCUCAUGAUUGGCUAUUUCCUCAAUGUUCAGCUGUGGUUCAUCAUGGUGGUGCUGGGACUACAGCUACAGGAUUGAGAGCUGGGUGUCCAACAACCAUAGUGCCGUUCUUUGGCGAUCAGUUCUUCUGGGGUGAUAGGAUACAUGAGAAAGGCUUGGGGCCUGUACCAAUACCUAUUUCUCAGCUCAGUGUUGAGAACCUUUCAAAUGCUAUUAGAUUCAUGCUGGAGCCAGAGGUUAAAUCUCGAGUACUAGAAAUAGCAAAGUUGAUAGAGAAUGAAGACGGUGUUGCAGCUGCAGUUGAUGCAUUUCACCGGCAGUUACCUCCUGAGUUACCAUUGCAACCUGCAUCUUCAGAGGAAGAUGAGCUUCCAAGCCCUAUGGUGUUGUUAUUUCUUCAACUUCAGAAGUGGAGCUGCCUGCCUUUUGGCAUGUAGGAUUCUUGCUGUGUCUUGUGCUGUUGUAUAGAUAUGUUUUUUUUUUUUUUAUAUUCGUAAUUUAGAUUGGCGUUUCAUUCAUUUCAUUUAUGGCUUCCCUGCGUGGGUUUGAUUGAUAAAUUGCUUACAAGUUACAAGUUAAUAUAGGGUUCUCACAGCUUGGGGUAUAGAGAAUUACAAAAUGUCAAAUUUCGUUUCAGUUAGUAAAACUGACAAAGUGAGAAUAUAACGAUGCUGAACCGAAUCAAUUAUUUAUAUCAUUUUUUUCAUUAUUUGCUUGA